AGACUUGGAGGCCCUGGGCCAGGCCAGUGCAUGGAGCCCUUAGGGCAGAGUGUCAGGCUGCUGACAACGGCCUGCCUCCCUCCUCAGGCCACCUAAGGGACAGUGACCUCCCGUCUCCGGGAAUCCCCUCUCAUCCCAAGAAAUCCCUGCCUCAGAGUGCGCUUGCCCCCUCUGGUGGCCCUGGUAGGGGCAGUGUCCCUGAAGGAGGCAGCGGAGGGGGCUGAAGGUAACCAGCUGGAGGAGAUGAGAAUACCGGGGUGCAGAUGAACAGCAGGCCUGAUCCAAGACCCCCUCCCUCAUUGGUAGCUGAAUCAGAAAUAAAACUCAAGAGGACUUGCAUCUGUUUCUAGGGACCUAACUAUACAACUUUCUCUCCAGAUGGGGCCCCAUACUCAACUUCACCCUGUGGGUAUUACCACCUGUUCUCCUCUCCCAUGGUACCUGCCUCUCUUCCUUCUCCUGCUUUUUCUUCCUUGGAUCCAAGGAGCCUUGAAAGAUUCUCCUCAGCUUUCCUGCUUCUAUAACUCAAAAUCCAAUAUCUCCUGCACCUGGAAGCCAGAAACUACCCAGAGGUUUGAGCAAUGCCAUCUCUAUGGCAAGUCGAAGGAAAGACCAGAGAACCGAAGCUGUGAGCUUCUCCAUGUGGAGCCAACACUCUGGACUUGUGACUUGAUCUUAGGAAGAAUCGAUCGUCAGUCUUUGACUGUUUCUGAUGUCCUGGUCAUGACGGUGAGCUGUCUGACUGGGGGACAGAGAAUUGUGAUGGAAGAGGAAUUCAGACCCUUUGAUAAGAUUCGACUGAUGGCCCUCAGUGACCUCUGCCUAACCCAGCAAGAAGAAUAUGCCUACAAUGUGUCCUGGGUAGUCCCCCUAUGUUCACACUAUCUGGAGAAGCACCUGGUGUUUGAGGCUAGAUAUAAGGUUCAGGGAAGCUCCUGGGAGAAAGCCACCAUGCUGCCCAUAAACCAAAAUCAGAGGUGGGUCAACAUUGAAAAACUCUCUCCUGACACAAAAUAUGAGUUCCAGGUCCGAGGCAAACCAGAAAGACAAGGAUUUCCAGCAUUCUGGAGUCCCUGGAGUCAGACCCUUGUCUUCCAGACAAAACCACAAGUGUUUACCUUCAAUAGGCUGUUCAACUUAAUUAUGGGUCUGUGUGGCAUUGUCAGCAUCUUCUUCGUGAUCCUGCUGGUGCCCAGGGGAUACCCCCAGAAAUGGCUGAAGAAGAUUUUAAAAUGUCACAUUCCAGACCCUUCCAAAUUCUUUUCCUCAUUGAGCACAGAGCACGGAGGAGAUUUCCAGAAGUGGCUUUCUUCUCCUUUUCCCACUGCCUCCUUCACCACUAGUAUUUUGGCCCCAGAAAUCUCUCCCCUGGAGGUGAUGCAGAAGGAAGACCCAAACCUGAGUUUGUGGCUGUCCAAGGAGCUGGUCCCAGCCUAUAGAUCACCAGAGACCAGCGGUCACUCUCUCUCCAGCUGCUUCACCAACCAGGGUUACUUUUUCUUCCAUCUUCCUGAUGCUCUAGAAGUUGAAUCCUGCCAGGUAUAUUUCACUUAUUCACCUUUCAGUGAGGAAGAGGAAGAGAACAAAGAGGAAGGGGAGCAGAGCUCCCUGGUGCCCCAGUUGCCCCCUGGAGGACCUGAGGAUGACUCAUACUGUACAUUUCCCCCUGGAGAUGACAUGAUCCUCUUCUCCCCCAGGCUCCUCCAGGGCCCUGGGAAUAACCUGGCACCCCAAAGCAUCUCUUUCUCAGGGAAGGAGGCCAAGAAGGAGAGUUCACCUCCUGAAAAGGACACAGCUACUACUCCAUCCUGUGACCCCAGUUUCUCAAGAUCCCAGAAUUCCUUGGAUUCAAGACCUGAAUCAACCCAGGAUGGGGGCCUUCCUCCAGGCCCUGGAUUGGGGCCUGCCUCUCCUUUUCCCUGGGAUGUUCCCCCUACACCAGACCAGACUCAUGCUGUCUCUUCUACCUACCCAGUCCUGAACACUGGUGCCUACCUCUCCUUGGGAGAACUUCAGAACCAAUACCACACCCAUUCGGCCUAAGCAGAGAGACUUCUCCAAGAGAGGAGAGGGAAGAGAGGCAUGGAAGAUCCCCAAGGCUCAGGAUAACUCCUGGAAAUGGAGCAAGAAGAGCUAUUUAUAAGCAAAAAAACUGAAUUUGGCUUCAGAGGGCUGGCCUUCACACCCCAACUUUAUUCCUUACUACCUCCAUGACUUUGAACAAAUCACUCUAACUUUGUAAGCAUCCAUUUUCUCAUCUAUAAAAAUGAAGGCCAUACAAAACAAUAGCAAUAAUAGACGAUAAAAAUAUAUGAACUUGGAAAUUAGACUACUCUGAGAGAUACAAUGAAUUAAUUUCAAUAUUGACUUAAAUAUACUGAAUGGUAUGUAAUCUAAAUACUUAAAGGAAAAGUUAAAGAAGUUACAGGGGGAAAGAAAGUCAAAUUAUAAUAACGGAGAAUCUCAAUAUACCCCUUUCUAACAUAUAACCCCCCCCCAAAAAAAAGUCAAAAAAGAAGAUAAGACCCUUGAGUAGAAUUUCUAAGUUAGACAUGACAGCUCUCUAGUGAUUAUUAAUGUGGAAUUAAAAGGAAUAUACAUAUUCCUAUAUGUGUGUGGAAUAUUUAUAAAAAUAGAUCAUGUAUCAAAUCAUAAAAACCUCAAAAAUACAGGAAAUAAGAAAUGUUAAAUAUUUCCUUUACUGAUUAAAAUGCACUAAAAAUUAUAUUCCAUAAAAAACAAUUAGAGAAAUGAUUAAAAUUUACUGGGAACUAAAUAAUUUAAUCCUAGAGAAUUAGUAUGUUGAAGAGCAAAUCCUUGAAACAAUAAAAUAUUGACACUGAGGAGACACAUACCAAGAUUUGGAGUAGGUAGCCAAAGCA